GCCAUUUUGUCCGGAGCUGCUCUUCACAAACCGGAAUAAACCGAAGGCGAAGUGGAGGAACGCCGUUGGAGGGAGCUGAUAAAACACUACCGCCGGAAUUUCACCACUUAUCGAUCCAAGACGGAAAAAAACCCACAUUUUCUCCGUGUGGCGGUGCUACAGCAGGAAUAGUGGACUUCCUUUCACAGGUCCAGGUUGGACAUUUAGCUUUGAGCGGCUAAUCAACGGUCCGAGUGCUAACGUUAGAUCCUUUAGGAUCCACCUCGAUACAAGAUUCCCACUUUCAUUUCUGAUCUCCGUCAUUCAUGUCAGCGAAGUGUUUGAACAUAGCACAGUAGCUAGCUGGAGAGGAACUAGCAAGAACAGUUUUUCAGAGUUUGACACGGGAAGGAAGCCGAGUUAACUAACCUGUUAACUAGCUAACUAACUAGUUUCAUUUCACCUAACAUUGUUAUUAUUGUUGUUAUUAUUAUUAUUAUUAUUAUUAUAGCGACCUGGUAGUUUAAUGUCUCUUUGCAUUCCUUUGGUCAGGAAGCGACUCGUUAGAUCAACAAAUGCUCACAGGUACAAGCUGAGACUUUAGAUAUUAUUUCGACUUGUUCAAGCAGUUUUUGUGGGGGUUUUUUUAGGGGUACGUGGCAUUUUCCUCUCUAUCUCUUUCUGACCUGGCUGGACGGAUAGCUAGCUAUGUCAUUUUGCAACCUUACUAUAUGCUCAGAUUUGACCAUUAGGACCUGUACUCGGUUUGAACGCUGUUAUGGUUAUAUUAGCUAACAUCAGCUCAGUCAAUCAGUUCAUCCGGGUGUAACAUUGGCACUUGGGGUCGUCUUUUUACUAGAUAGGUAGCUAGAUUUGUUUUUCUACACACACGGUUUUAAAAAUCAAGGGUUACUGGGUUGGUAUUUAGCUCGAUAAAAUAUUGUGGGUUUUAAAAAAAAAAAACCCCAUAAAUAAGCAGUCACUUUACUGACUCGAGAUUUUGCUAAUUCCGCUCAUAUUAGUGAGCCGUUAAUCUGUCUAGGGUUUGUUUUGUUUUGGAGAGAAACUCGUGCAGCUGAUCAGUAGUCAGUGUUGAGGUGAAACAUGUCCGGACAGAGCAUCACAGACCGCAUAGCAGCGGCGCAGCACAGCAUGACCGGCUCCAGCAUCAGCAAAGCAGUGUGUAAGGCCACGACUCAUGAAGUCAGCGGCCCCAAGAAGAAGCACCUGGAUUACCUGAUCCACUGCACCAAUGAGAUGAACGUGAACGUGCCCCAGCUGGCUGACACACUGUUCGAGCGGACAGCCAACAGCAGCUGGGUGGUUGUUUUCAAAGCCCUCAUUACCACACACCACCUAAUGAUGUACGGAAAUGAGCGUUUCAUUCAGUACCUGGCCUCGAGGAACACACUCUUCAACCUGAACAAUUUCCUCGAUAAAGGUGCAUUGCAAGGCUACGACAUGUCCACCUUCAUCAGACGCUACAGUCGCUAUCUGAACGAGAAGGCUAUGUCCUACCGGCUCGUAGCUGUCGACUUCACAAAGAUGAAAAGAGGUAUUGAUGGAGUGAUGCGCACCAUGAAUACAGAGAAGCUGAUCAAAACUCUGCCCAUUAUUCAGAACCAGCUGGACGCUCUGCUCGACUUUCAGGCCAAUCCUAAUGAGCUCACUAACGGUGUGAUCAACGCUGGCUUCAUGCUGCUCUUUAAAGACUCCAUCCGUCUAUUUGCCGCCUACAACGAGGGGGUCAUCAACCUGCUGGAAAAAUAUUUUGAUAUGAAGAAGAAUCAAUGCAAAGACGCUUUGGACAUCUACAAAAAGUUCCUGUACAGGAUGACCAAACUGUCAGAGUUUCUCAAAGUAGCAGAGCAAGUUGGGAUUGAUCAGGGUGACAUCCCAGAUCUCACUCAGGCUCCCAGCAGUCUGCUGGAGGCAUUGGAGCAGCACCUGGCCUCUCUGGAGGGCAAGAAGACUAAAGAGUUCUCUGCAGACAGCAGAGCCACGACUCUGUCCAGCGCCGUCUCGUCUCUCUCCAACACCGGCAUGUCCUUCACUCGUGUGGAUGAGAAGGAGAAACAGCAGGCUCUUGAGGAAGAGCAGGCCAGACUGCAGGCUCUCAAGGUGGGCUACAGCAUUCCUGACCAGAGGCUGAAAGAGAUUAGCAUGCAGACUCCCUCUGUGUCUCCUGCUACUCAGGCUGCAAGCAGUGCCAACAACCACAGUGCAGCAGUGGAUCUGUUCGCCAACCAUAACACCACCCCUGCCCCUGUCACCAACAGCAUGCCAAACAUCAGCAGCAACCUAUUUGACCUUCAGCCAGCCUUCAUCCCUGCCGUGCAGAGUACUCCAUCCAUAUCCACAGCCAACAGUGCCUGGGGAGGUCUAGAGAGCGGAGCUCCCCAGCAGGCUGCUCAAAUUUCCACCAUGAAUGUAGAUUUUGAUGCAGUGUUUGGGAAUCAAGGUGCCAAUAAAGAUGUGAAGCCAGCAGCUGGGUUCGAAUCUCUAGACUUAUUGAAGCCCAAUUUACCAGCUUAUAGUCAGGCUCCCAUGAUGCCCCCACACGCAGGAGGCAAGCUGCUGGCCAACGACCUUGACUCCUCCUUGGCCAACCUCGUGGGCAAUCUGCAGUUUAGUGGAUCUUCAGUCAAAAAACCGGACAUGCAUUGGACACACCCUGGGGAGAAGAAGAUGACUGGUGGCACUAACUGGCAGUCCAAAACCAUGAGCAGCACGACUGCCUGGAGUCCUGCCCCCAUGCCACCUGCCCCCAUGCCUGUGCCCCACAUGCAGGCUCCGGCCCCCAUGGCCUUCCCCAUGACCACACCUCAAGUGCCUGUGUAUGGAAUGGUCCCUCCUCAGAUGGGUCAGAUGGGAGGGGUUCCAAUGAUGACGCCACAGCCCAUGAUGUACCAGCCUGUCCUCAGAUCCACCAACCCAUUUGCUCCAGUUCCUGGAGCUCAGAUGCAGUUUAUGUAGUAACGUUGUGCCAAACAGGAUGGCAGAAUGACCCAGAGCAAAUCGAGCAAGAGAAGAGACAAAGACUCCACCCACCAUUAAAUUCAGGGAGCUGGAGGAGGAGUAAUAAAGCAUGUGAAGAGAAAGGGAGAGAGAAAAUGCAGAAAAGGAGGAGUGCUGCAGAAGCAAGAACAUUUUUAUUGCCAAGACUCUUCACAUUAAUAUGACAUGGAUUUUCUCUCUCUCUCACUCACUCACUCUCUCACUCACACACACACACACACACACACACACACACACACACACACACACACACACACACACAAACAUAACAGGGUAUCAAUUCAACCUGUUACUUUUUUUUUUCUCCCUUGUUUUUAUUAUUAAUGGCCUGUCAGUGUUUUAUACAUCACAGGUUCAUUUGAUCAUGUCCUGAGGUUUGUGUUUUAGUAACUCAUUGUUUUCUAAAUCACAUUUCACGUUGUCUGGAGUGACGACAUUGCUCUGCUAUGUUCCUAAGAUGGCCCUGAGCAGUGUGUUUGGGUUCGAGCUGGGUGUGGAGGCACAGGCAGGCCACAGUUCUCCACCCAGGCUAGUCCUGUCUGGUUAGUCGUGCUCUCUCAGCAUUACACGUGUCACUGAUUUUCUCAAAUGAAUCAUUGUUGAGCUCUUUACUUCCAGUUCCGUUGUGAGUUAAUUGUGAUGUUUGGCAUUUCCAAGCACUUUAACUUUUUGGGCAAGGUUUGUUGUUGAAUUGUAUUCAUACACUGAGCUGGUCUCUGCAUGUUUGGAUGCAGUUUCACUAAUUCAAACACCAGAUUUUGACUUUUUUUUUUGUUUGUUUGUUACUUGUUGGUGACAGCCUCACUUUCAGGUCAACCUUAAACCAUCCAGCUAUCUGUCCAUCCUGCGUGUUGGAAGACGGAUACAUCGGCUAGCCAUAUUGGCGCUCCUGCACUCAGGCCCCUGUGCUUCGAAUCGGAUGCAUUUGAUUCCUCCUGCAACUUCACAAACAUUGUAGUUUCUCUUUCUGAUCCUCUGACUAAUAUGUUUGUAUUGUAGUCUAACUCGAACUACCCAGCCCAGGCAAACGAGAGAACGGAGUUGGUUCUGUUGGAUCUUUUUUUAUCUGAGCACUUACAUGGAACCUGUUCUAUCUGUUUUUGGUUUUUUUUUUUAGUUUUCUACACGCUUGUAAACAGGGUCUCAGCUUCACGUUCAUACUGAUAUCAGAAAAGACAUAUAACACAUUAAUAAGCCUUUGUUUUAUGAAACAAGGCUGUAAACUGAGAUAUCAGUGUUUGAGUAAUUUAGAAUAUUUUUUCAAACAGAAGGUAACUUUUUUUUAGCCAAGAGGAAACAAAAAACAAAACUAACGCACAUGCAAACGUGUGUUAGCUUGAGAAAAGCUCUUCACAUGGUGAACUUUUGACCUUUUCUACUACUACUUGUAGAAAGCUACAGGUUUUUCCUAAACUGAUGUUUCUCUUUUCCUUCUAUUUCCUUCUCCCCAACCUGAAAUAAUGUUCUGUCGUUUUCAAAUCUAGUUUCUGCCUAGAAGUGAACAGGCAGAAAAUGACAUUUAAAGAUUUCAUUCCGACUGCGGUGCCAAAGCGUGGCUGACAUUUUGACGGCCGCCAUCAGAUUACACACAGGAUCGCUUAUGGCUGUUUGGCUACAGCAUGCAACUUUCCAACAACUUUUGCUAAACCGGCUGCUUCUUUAAUAUUAUCUUUUCAGGACGAUAGCCAAGGCAAGAUUAAAUAGUUUUGAUGAACCUUGAUUUAGUGAAAAUAUUUGUUCGAGGUGAGUCUUUCCAACCAAUAAUGUUGUCUUUCAGCCCUGAGAGCAAACAGAGAAAACAUGAAGGUUACAGCUUUCUCUUAAACGCUUUAAGCUAUGAUUUUUAGUCAUCAUUACAUUAUUUUUUGUUUUCGUUUGAAUUUGCCUCUGCUACAUUAAUGUGGACGCUGUAAGAACGUCACGUGAUUUGUGCGUCAGUAAUUUCCAUCUGCAGUCCUUUAAACGGAAGCAGACGUGAUUAGCAGAGUUGUGCAAUUAAAGCGGCCAUGUUAACAGUUGUGAUUUCAAUUAGCUGUGAACAUAUGCUGUCUCUUUUACACCCACUCCCAAUUUCCAGGCACGUAGCCAUGUUACGCUUCACUCUGGCUUUAAGGCAAGUGAAGAUCUGCGUGUGCCAAUAUUAUUCAAAGAAAUUAGUGCCUGCUGUUUAUCGCCAGUUAUUUCUCUUCAUCUCUCGGAUAAAACUAAUAUCUGAAAAGUGCGAGUGUUGUCAUGGAAGCGCUGGCAAAGAAUAGUUGCUCUGGUCGAGGCAGCUGAUGGCAGUUUGAAGGGCUUUGUUUUUGUGUUUUGUCUCAUUCUUGUCACUCUGGUGAGCAUAAUGGCAUGUGGGGUCAAACUCCAGCUCUGUUCUUUCCUUGUCUGCCGCCUAAGUGAUAAUGCUUUGCUUUUUUUGAAUCAGCUCGCUUUGCCUGUUAGUCACUUCUCUGGAAGAAUGAGAGAGAAGGCGAGGCAGCAGGAAGGCCACGUGAACAGAACUAUUGAUGAUUUUUUUUUUUUUUUUUUUAAAGCAGCACAGUUUCCCUGAUACGCGUCUCGUACCCUUGUUAUCUUUAUCCAACAAUUUAAAGGGCUGAGCAGCACUGCCUUUGGGGCGGAGCUCAUUUCUAGCCAGCAAAAUGUAAAGUAAAGCCUGAAACAGUACAAAAAGUAGCAAUACUUAUCAGAGCGAGUGCCAGUUUUGCAAAUUGUUUGAAUAUUUCAGGUCCAGAAACACACACAUUCUUUAAAUAUCGAAGCGUGUUUUGGCAUUUUGUAAAGUCACCUUGUGUUUUUUGUAUCAGUCUGUUGUUCUCAGAGCAUUUUUCAGGCUCUAACUUCUCCUUUUCUGUCUGUUUGCAUGUUUUUAGCAGCUUCGUGUGUGCCGUGUAACGAGGUUUGUGUGUGUCUUGCACUUCUGGUUUUGUCAGGUGUCGGUAGCGAAAGCUCAGUGUUGUUGAUGUUUUCUUUGUUGUUUUUUUUUUGGUCAGUAGACUUAGGCAUGAUCUCUAGUUUUGUUGACUUUUUUUUUCUGUCCCAGUCGAAUGGAGUCCUUAUGUGCCUGUACUAUAGUGACUCUGUCCGAAUGACCUUUUAACCCUUGUGUUUCUGUUCGCGACUCAGCAGUGGACGUACUGUACACGGCUCAUACUGACAGCUCGAAAUACUGGGAAAUGAAUGAGCAAAAAUGGGAGACAUCGGUGUUAUUGGUGAACUUUAAAGACACACAAUCUGACUUCUAUUACCUGGUGAUGCUCGGGUGCGAGUGCAAAUCAGACAUGGAGUUAAAAAGAGACACUUUAUGGCCAAAAGUAUGUAGACACCUGACAUCACACCCACAUGUGCUUCUUUCUCAGACUGUUGCCACAAGUGCACUGAUUGGCUCAGCUCUGUUGUAAACACCUUUGGGAUGAAUUAGAUUGUACGCCAGGUCUUUUCUCAAUUCCUCACCUCAUUAAUUCACUGGUCGCUGAAUGGGCAAAAAAAUCCUCCCAAAAGAGUUGAGAACAUUAUAGCAGCAAAGCGGAACCAGCUCCUUAUAACUGCAACAAGCACAUGUGGGUGUGAUGAUCACAUGUCCACAUACUUCUGGUGGAGGAACUCCAUACAACACAUGACCCAGGUGUUCGUGUCUUUUUAUUCUUGUUCAGCGUAGAAUAUGUUGGAGAUAUAUAUUAAAAGGUUACUUUUUUUUUUUUUCGUUUUUGACCAGACCCAAAAUUUAAGAGCUGGUACCUGCUGUGAAUUAUUUAGUAACUAUAUUGAAAUUAGUGAGAAGGUCUGGACAUGGAUUUGGGUUUUUUUUAGGUUUGAACCAGAAUACAAAUAUCUUGUAGCUUUUAACUUUCUUAUAAAGAAUUAAAGGAUGGAUGGACGUCAUAUCAGAGGUCAACAGAACUCCCUGACCUAUCCAUUACAGAAUGGUAGUCAGAUUUGGGCUUGUGUAUAUAGCACUUAUCACACUGCUGGUGCUCUACUUCCCUCUAGUGGACAUUAGCAGAAUUGCAACACGUUUCUGUUGGGGUUUGACUUGUUUCAUUUGAUGUGUAUAUUUAGGAAAUGUGUUUACUAAGAUUUGAAUCCUCUCUGACAUGAAGACGUGAAGCUCAAGGUGUGUUAGAGCUGAACUAAAUACGAUAAACUCCCUUUUUUUUCUUCAUCCUGUGUGUGAUUAGAAUGAGGCCUGUAUUUACAGCCACUGGCAGCUCUAGUUCAUCCAAACCUUCUGAGCACAUUGUGAAGCCCAGCAUUUAACCUGCCCUCAGUGCUAGACUUAAAAUAUACAGACAGAGGUGUUCUACUUGUCAGUCUGACGCUGAAGUUUAUACAGGGCUCCUCUCACUUCAGUCAUCAGGAUACUUUUAAAGAAAAGAAAGAAAAUAAACCUGUGGUUUAAAUGGUGGUCAUUUUGUCAGACAUUAUGCACAUUUUUUUGUGUUUUCCUUUUCUUUUUUUUUUUUUUUUUGCUGCCCGACAUAGUCAUGUAUAUACACAUACUCUGCAAUUUGAACAUUAUCUAUUUUAUUUUGCUUCUGAUCUUCUGUAUUGGAGAUAAUUGACUCAUUUAUAGAUAUAGAAAUAUAUAUAAAUAUAUAUAAAUAUAUAUAUAUAUAUACACACACACACACUGUCUCUGUGUAAGUGCCGGGGUGGAAGGCUUCAGAUUUUCAAUUCAUCGACAUUCAUUAUUGAUGCCAAAUGAGAAGAAGAGUGAGUGGAGAAACCCAUUUGUACAUUUUUUUUCCUAUUUAUUUAUGCAGAAUAUAAAGAUUUUAAUAUGCACGGUAAAUACAUAUAACAUGAAAUCAUGCAAGUUUUUGUUUUUCAUUUUAUUUCAUUCUUUCAGUUUUUACCAAAAGAAAUAAAGUCAUUUUCCUUUCCUAAAUUGCUUUUCUCGUCUGUCAUUUCAACUGAGUUUAAAGCAGUUAUCCAUAUUCCAUACACCUCAGAAUGCUGUACAUGAAAACACGCUUAGCUUAUUAGAGCAAAAAGCUCUGGCUGGAGCACUUAAUCUUCAUGUCAUCUCUCAUCAAGAUAUUUUCUGGUCUUCCAGCCCUGUGGGUGUGUGUGUUGGUGUGGGUGUGUGUGUGUGAGAGAGAGAGAGAGAGAGAGAGAGAGAGAGAGAGAGAGAGACAUUUAUGGACUACUGGCCCUUAUGAAAGCCGAAGGUUCAAUGCUGCUGCUUGUUUUAACCUAAAAAUCUUGUUGGUUUUUAUUUUCUUCAAUGAAGCGCUCGAUUCAGGACAAAGAAGUGUGACGUGUUUUCAGUCUGAUUUGGAUGAAUUUAGUUGUGUUUUUUUUUCUUCUCUUGCAUGUGUUGAUUUGUUUUGUUUUCUAUCUGAUCUAUGAGGAACCGGACUUCCGUGUAUUGUUUGCAAAGUUUUAUUAAAUAUGGUGCUCUUUCUUUCUUUGUUGAGUAAACAAUCUGUUGUGGAUGUAAUUGACAACUUUUGUGUAUUUUAUCUGUUUUCUGAAAACUAGUUUCUCAGUGGUUGGUGUGCUUGUCUGAGUAAAAUCUUUUCAUUUAACAUUUUUUUUGUACGUUUUUUCCCCCCAGUCACUUAUGUUGUCUGUAUUUGUAAUGCAAGCUCUUACCAUGAACCAUGAAUGAAGGCCUUGUGAAGUAAUUGAUUGAUCGCUUGUGCUCGCCGGUUUCUUAAUAAAAACACAUUUUUAACA